UAUGGUGAUUUGAUAUAAUAUAUUGAUAAUAGCUUAACAUUAUGAUAGUGGUGAAUAAAUUAUGCGUAUGCGCAGAACGCAUUAGGUGCAUUCCUUUGUUUAGACGCUCCUACAAUAAAUCGCUAGUAUCUUAUCAAAAUAAUACUUGUUUUACUUAAAGAAACUUAAAUAAUUAUGCUUUGUAUGUUUUUGUUUGUACAUCUUUGUUAGUUUUCAAUUUGUAAAUAAUUAAAUUGUGGAUAUAUAUUUCCUUUUUCUUUUGAAAAUUACGAUAUGUCUACAAAAUCUGUGUUUGUCACUGUUGGUACAACUAAAUUUGAUGAGCUUAUUACUUCUGUUACUGAAGAUUGUGUUCUUGAAGCUCUGAAACGUAAAGGCUAUACAUCAAUGACAAUUCAAAUAGGAAAUGGUACAUUUAUUAUCAAGCCUUCUAAUAUUGUGAAAAUCUCAAGUUAUAAAUUUAAAUCAGAUAUUGGACUUGAUAUGAGAAAUAGCGACCUAGUAAUAAGUCAUGGAGGAGCUGGUUCCAUAAUGCAAGCAUUAGACUAUGGAAAACCAUUGUUAGUAGUAGUUAAUGAAAAAUUAAUGAACAACCACCAAUAUGAAUUGGCUGAAAAGUUAUACAAAGAAAAAUAUUUAUAUUAUACUACUUGUAAGAACUUGUGUAAUAUUUUGGAGAAUUCUGAUUUUAGCUUAUUAAAUUCUAUAAAAAUUGAUAAUUCACAUAAAAUAUGUAAGCAAAUUGAAUAUUUUUUCAAUGUAUAA